AAAACUGAACUUGAAGUCCUGAAUUCUCACUAUAACUGAUUACGCUGAAGACCAGUUCACCUCAUUUUAAACAACAUGAGAGAGUCUAGGGAGUGUGUUUUGACUUUCGACACAUACUUUUAAGAAACCAAGAGGAAGUUUGUCGUUCCGGAAAACUUUAGGACUGUUUUUGAUUCGAAGUUGCUGGAUUUGAAGGGAGGUGAUCAUGAUGUCUGAUGCCAGUGAAAUGUUGGCAGCUGCGCUGGAGCAGAUGGAUGGCAUAAUUGCAGGUUCUAAGGCCAUGGGCUACACCAACGGCCUGUUUGAUUGUCAGUCGCCCACUUCACCCUUCCUGGGCAGCCUUCGGGUGGUGCACCUUUUGGAGGACAUGCGAGCUGCGCUGGACCUGAUGGAUCCAGAGGAAAAAGAGAGCCUGCGCAGUCAGGUGUCUGAAACCACAGCUGAGGGUCUGAUGGAGUGGCUGCGAGGCCGACUUACUAAUGGCCAUGGGACUGCAGCUGGGGAUUCGGUCUAUCAGGAGCGUCUCUCCCGCUUAGAAAGCGACAAAGAAUGUCUAGUGCUGCAGGUGAGUGUUCUGACUGAUCAAGUGGAGGUUCAGGGAGAAAAAAUAAGAGACCUGGACACGAACCUUGAGGAGCACCGCAUGAAGCUGAAUGCCACUGAAGAAUUACUACAGCAGGAGCUGCUUAGCAGGAGUGCUUUAGAGACUGAAAAACUGGAAUUGCUGACCGAGAUAUCUAGUCUGAAACUAAAACUGGCCGCCGCAGAAGGGGAUCGUAGAGAAAGCACGGGUCUUUAUCAGGAGGUCACCGACAUGCGCCUUGCGUUGACUAACAUGGAAUGUGAGAGACAAGAGUAUGAGAGAAAUCUUCACUGUACCAAAGAGGAGCUAAAGGCAUUACAGAAGCAGCUGGAGGAGAGGGAUCAGGCUCUUAGCAAACUGCAGGGAGAAACCCACCUUGAGACCACCACCACACAACAGUCACAACGUGCAGAGAAAGACACAGAAAUCCAGCGAAUGAGGAAUGCUGUCGAGUCUUUAAACGCAUCUAAGGAAGAGAAGGAUCUUAAAAUAAAAGAGCUGCAGACGCACCUGAUGCGUUACAAGAGAGUUCAGGAUAUGGGGACGUCAGUGCAGGUAUCAAAGGACAAAACCAGAGAAGAGGACACACAAGGGGAGCUGCAUGAAGGGAUAACUAAAGAAGCCGAGACUGAGGUUGCAGAGGAUACAGAUGAACCUCAGCUCAUUCCAUGCACAGAACUCCUUCCUGAAGCUGACGUCUCCACGGUGACCGCACCCAAACCUGCAACGGAGAGCACGCUAGGACCCCACGCACGAAGAGCUACAGAAAGUGUCUCUCAAAUUCAGCAGACAGAGAAGCCUUGUGCGGCGAGCAGCAAUGAGGAUGGAGCCGGUAAAAAUGGAGCCUCGCCAUGCGUCUCCCCCACUCAGUCCAGCUCGGGGGGCAAUGACAGUUUUGGCUCCAAAAGAACUCGUUCCUCUUUCGGACGUGGUUUCUUCAAGAUGAGAGGCCACAAGAUGACAAGCAGCGCACCAAACUUGGAUGAAGGACAGCGGAAAGGAGCAGAGCACUUGGACUUGGCUGGAGUGUCACCUCAGAAGACACAAGCAUUGGAUACGCACUCGCCUGAAGGGAAGAAGAAAUCAAAAGGGAUCAUGAAGUUUUUUGGAAGGAGGAAACGAAGUCAGUCAAGUUCGGACGAUCUAGAUGAAUCUCCAAAUGCAGAGUUUAAGAGAGGUGGAGUCCGAGCUACAGCAGGUCCCAGACUGGGCUGGUCACAUGACCUGCAGCGACGCAAUAAUAAUGAGCCGGACAGCCAAUUUUCACGCUGGAAUAAAGAGCAAGUGUGCGAGUGGUUACAGGAACAGGGGCUCGGGUUGUACAUAAACCAAGCACAGCAAUGGAUCCGCUCGGGAGAAACUUUGUUGAAAGCAUCUCAGCAUGACUUUGAAAAGGAAUUGGGCAUCAGGCACCCUUUACACAGAAAGAAACUGCUGCUGGCCCUUCAGGCACUGGAGUCAGAGGAUGAAGAUGCAUUGGGAAAACUGGAUUACAACUGGGUUACUCGGUGGCUGGAUGACAUUGGUCUGCCUCAGUAUAAGUCUCACUUCGAUGAGGGCCGGGUGGAUGGACGCAUGCUUCACUAUAUGACUGUGGAUGAUCUGCUUGGUCUAAAAGUAGGCAGCGUGCUCCACCACCUCAGUAUUAAGAGGGCCAUCCAGGUUCUACGCAUCAACCGCUACGACCCCGACUGUCUCCGCCGUAGACCGACCGAGAUUAACCCCACACCGGCUGAAAUCUGUCAGUGGACCAAUCACAGGGUGAUGGAGUGGCUUCGCUCGGUCGAUCUGGCCGAAUACGCACCCAACCUGAGAGGAAGUGGAGUCCACGGAGGACUAAUGGUUUUAGAGUCUCGCUUCAAUGUUGAAACGAUGGCUUUGCUUCUCAACAUUCCGCCAAAUAAAACACUGUUGAGACGUCACCUCGCGACCCACUUCCAUCUUCUGAUCGGUUCAGAUUCUCAGAGACAAAAGCAGCAAUAUCUAGAGAAUCCAGAUUACAUGCUCCUCACGGCCACAGCCAAAGUGAAGCCAAGACGUUUGUCAUUUGGAGGUUUUGGGACAUUGAGGCGAAAACGUCAGGAGGAUGCAGAAGAGUACAUUUGUCCCAUGAAUGUGGAGAUGCCCAUGAGCAGCAGCUUUCACAAAGACGUUCACAAAUCUGAAGACGGCUUGGAUCAACUGCAGCAGAUGGAGGACUCUGAGGGGACUGUGCGACAGAUAGGUGCAUUCUCUGAAGGAAUCAAUAGCCUAACAAGCAUGCUGAAAGAGGAUGAAUUUUUGAGGGAUGAUUCCUCCCGUUCGCCAGAGACAAAUGCCACAGAUGACAACUGAAAUGUUAACUACUAUAUAAUCUGGAAGCUGUAAAGUGUAUUAAUUGCCUUUACAGUAAGUGUUCAAGAAGCCCAACACUAUGAUUUUACAGUGAAUGCUGUUGUGUUGUAUUUUAACAGGUUACAUAAGCCAAAGACCAAUAGGCUACCUUAAUAAAAACAGUGUUUAUGUGAAGGUAAUGGUUGGCUGAAUGUAAACCGGUGUUUUGAUUGUAAAUGCCUUUUGUACUUUGUGGGAGGGGAGUAUGAUAUUAUAUAAUAAAACACUUAACUUUGUGCUAAGUAGCAACCUUAUUUCACAAAAUCGUAGCAUUCUGAAUAAAAGACUGUAUGAAGUGACUACCAGAAAUUUGCUGGGGGGUUUUGCAAUGGGAGAUUAAGUCACUUUCCAAUUCUGUUCGGUUUUCUAUAAUAUAAAAUUAAAAAUUUCUAAUAAUGUAUUUCUAUGAAGUGUGGAGCAUGUUUGAACGUUGCUCAAAGAUUGGCGCUAGACCAAAUCUGCUGGAGGAACGUGUGCUGUGAUUGGACAUUACGCAGUUAGACAGCAGUAACCAUGACAGGCGGACGCCCCCAACUGUUCGACUAAACACAUUGUGAAUGCCUGGUCGUGCCCACCAUUUAUGUCCCAGAGGUCCGGACGUUGGUAGUUUUUUCAUGGUGUAUAUUAAAAGUCGUGGUAAAAUUGCCUAAUAGGACAAACUGUAUUUAGUGCUGCCAAUAUUGUACAAAACACCUAGAUAACUCAUCUUAGAUCUGGUAUACCUCAACUAGACCUAGAUAAUAAGACCUUCACUAGUUCAUGCUAAACCUCAUGACUUUGACUGCGUUUAUAGAUAUGGUUUAUAGGUUAGCAUAUUUAUAGCCUAUUUAAACAACAAUAUUAUUCCUGUUCUUUAAUUUUCUUUCUAUAUUAUUUUAAUUUCACCCAUUUUAAUAAAAAAAAAAUCUGGUAAUAUUUCUAUAAAAAUAUCAAUUGAACAUAUGUUUACAUAUCACUGAUAAACAUAAAAAGACAGAUAUGGGUAUUUAAUUUGUGCUCCAAUUAUUCUAAAAUGCACCUAUCUAGCUCAAAGUCUUUUUUGUCAGUUUUUGGAUCCCUGUAUUUCUAAAAUCCUGUGUGCAUCCCCGAUUGAACGUUGGCAAUCUUGCACUUAAUUUCAAUAAA